AAGCGGCGCGGAGGGAAUCUCACAGUUCCGGACCCCGGUCGCGGGCGGAGGGAUACGUUACCAUGGGAACUCCGCGGCUCGCGCUCCGACCCGUGGCUUUCCCCGCCACGUCCUGUCCCCCCACCCUCUCCCUCACCCUUUUUGUGGGUCCUCCUGGUGUUCCUUCCGUUCCCCUGACCUCUUCGCCCCUGCCCCAAGUUUUCCCUAAUCUUGGCACCCGCAGCUCUGGUAAUACUGGUACAGGUGCAUUAGACCCGCUUAUGAGAGGCUGUGGACUUGAACCGCGGAUGUUGCAGCGGCCGCCGCUUUUCUGUUGCGGGACCUGGCUUGAUCGGCUACUCCGCUGUGUGGGGCUGUGCAGAGAUGCAAAUAUCCGAAUGCUGCAUCCCUCCACUAGUCAUUCGUUUACCUCCGUUUUGAAGCAACACUUCAGACUGAGCUGUGUGUGAAAGAAGAGACCCUGCUGGGGACAGCAGAGCUACCCUUCCUGCAGCCGCGGCACUCUGCUUCAGAUAGCCACAUUGCCAAGCAGGGGAGCAGAUAUGCCUCUUGCUCUAAGAAAAAGAGAAAAGGAGCAAGAAGACAAAUUGUCAUUUACUCUCAAUGAAAGGGAAACUGGCAAUGAGGGCAAGUUAAGAAAAUCGCCCCCUAAAAGGGAAAAUGUGCAGGAUGACAAGUUUGAAGAUGCCUAUGAAAGUAUUCCUGUGGCAGCCACAAUGAAUCUGGAGUCUUCCUUGGAAGAAUGUACAACUGGAUUGUAUUUAUUUCUAAAUAAUAGGUUCGCAGAGGCAAUAGACCUCAUCCACCCGUGGUCUAGAAACAGUAUAUACCAUGCCCUCAUCUACAGCAUGCUUAUGGUUGUCAAGGCCGUCCUGACUUUCGACCCACAAGAUAUACAGAUUGGAAUGGACACUGCAAAGGAAGCUUUGAAAACCUGUAACAACUUCCGGAAAAAGCCAAGGAUAAUGUCUUUGUCUCACAUAGUGAGCAGACAGGGGAUGAGUGCUGUCACAGAAGAGGAACUGCACGCUGAGGUCUGCUAUGCCGAGUGUUUGCUCUUGAAAGCCGUCAUAACGUUUAUACAGGACGACAGUUUGGUUGGUUUUCUUAAAAGCGGGGUAAAUAUUGGGUUAAGCUACCAGAUAUACAAAGAUUGCCAACAGGUGCUACCAUAUAUGUCUAACAUUCGAAGCAAAGCCCACAGACACCUGGUGGGAGGGAUCAAAUUUGGCCUUGGAGUUUUCAACCUGAUGUUAUCCCUUGUCCCACCAAGGACACUUAAGCUUCUCAAUAUUGUUGGAUAUUCUGGUGACAGAGAGGUGGGCUUGGCUCUGCUUCGUGAAAGCACAUCUGAGCCCCAUAUAAACAAUAUCUUAAGUGCUUUGACUCUACUCUUUUAUCAUAAUUACAUUUACGUAGCUUUUGGUGUUGAGAGUGUUUCCAAUUCUGCUACCGAGCAUCUCCUCUUCACCUACCUCAGAAAGUUCCCAAAAUGUGUUAUACUUAAUUUUUUUCACGCGCGCCUCAGUAUGUUGAGAGGACAUUUUGAAAGGGCGCUGCUGCAAUUACAGCACUGCAUCUUUAUUCAGAAUGAAUGGAGGCAGAUCCAUCACCUCUGUUACUGGGAGCUCAUGUGGUGCCACAUCUUUCUGCAGAACUGGAGGCAGGCCUACCACUGCGCCCACCUCCUGUACCUGCACAGCAGGUGGUCCAAGGCCACCUACGCGUACAGCGAAGCUGUAAUACUGGCUUUGAUGCCUUCUGAGUUUGUGAAAUCAGUAAAGGAAGAUGUUAACUCUCUCUUCUUAAGCGUGGAUAGCCUAAGAAUCAAAAUUUUAGGCACAUCGGUGCCAAUAGAACUGUUCAUUGCUGAGAAAGGUCAGCGCUACGCUACCACUGCAGGCUGGUUUACAGCGCAGCCCCUGCUGGAAUUCAUUUACGCCUGGAGUGGAUUCCGAAUCAUGAGCAAAAGGCUAGAGCUUAUUUCAAAAUGGCUAUCAAUCAUUGAGAAAGGGCAAGACCUUCUGAAAGAAAACCCAAAUGAGGAGUACGGCACAGACGACUUAAGUUCGUUAAACUUGAUGAAGGGCCUGUGCCUGAAGCACUUGGGCAAGUAUUUGAAGGCCGAGCACUACUUCAACCGCGUUAUUCAGAAGGAGAAACUGUUAAAGUACGACCACUACUUGGUCCCGUACACCUACUAUGAACUGGGAAUUCUGUACUACCUGAGAGGAGAUCGUGCCAGGGCAGCGCAGAACCUAGAGAACAUUAAGAACUACAAGGACUACCCCAUGGAGGCCCGACUGCAGUUCCGGGCUUACAUAGCCCUGGAGCAGAUAGCCAAAGAAAAGUGAUAUAAAUGCAAAGUGUACUCGCGUUUAGUACGAGUGAAAUGACUUCAAUCAGCAAGGUGAUGAGCAGGUAGAAACAUCAUUCCUUUGUGGAUAAAAGAAUCCACGAGGUGGCUGCUAAGAAUCUGAUCAGCAUGAAGUAGAAAGGAACUGGCCAUUUUCUUCCCCUCUUUCCUUUUCCUUGCCUA